UUUUAUACUUACGUAGUUGUGUAAUUUCUAAAAUCUACCAAAAGUGAAAACAAUUUGUGCUGUCUUUAGCCACUGGUAAUCUUUCUGUUUUAAGAAUGUUGGAUCACAGCCUUUUCAUUGUGGAUAAACUUGUUUAUUUCAUAAGUUUUGCUGUAUAAUUACUUCCAAUUAUCAUUACCUCUUAUUGAAAUAAUCAGUUCUUUUGGUGGUUCUUAAGUGUUAAGGCUGAACUAACAUUCAGUUUCACGCUCCAGAGAACACAGUUUGAAAGAAGACAUUUCACUAUUUGUGACUGGAUAAUUUUAUUUGCAGUCUUUCUUGUGAAUCGUACUAACAUACUUGUUCAUAUAGACAUACAUAACUAUUAUAAAUAGUUUUCUCUCCUGUAUGGAGAGAAAUUGUGUAUUGAUUUUUUUUUGCUAUUACACACUAAACAUUUAGGAUUGUAAAGGGAGCAUAAACUCUGAUUUCAUGGUGUUAAGAUGUGGUAUAUUUCUGAGUUGUCAGAUUGUAAGUGAUUAAUUGAAGAAUCUAUUUUUAUUUUUAUGGAGAUUGUCAUAAUUCAAUAUAUACAUACCAGGUAUAUGUAUACAGCUAUGUGGGUGGACAAUUAACAUCUUACAGUACUGGAAAUGACUACAGAAAAGUGGUCAACAGCGGUUUGUUUUCAAUAGGAAAAUGCGACAACUUCAUAACUGGACUCCAUGUGUUACAAUUAUACAUGCCAAAUGAAGAGUGAAAUGCUUGGAUUAUAAAACACACAUUUACAACCAUAUUGGUAUGAUAAGAGAUUUCACCGACAGUGUGAUUCCAUGGACAUUCCUGCAUAUCUAGACUGUUUCAGGCCUAAAGGAAAUGUUGUGUCUUAAGCAGAUAAUACCAUGUUAUACCUCUGGUAAACAUUAUAGGGACCGGCGUAAAAAGAUCGACAUCGAGGAUUACACAUUUGAUGGGCACAAGGAUGCAACGCUUGGCCGAACUCCUGGACAGGUCAAUGGGCAGAUGUUCAUAAUAAAGAACUGUGAGAAUUGCAAUAUUUAUAUAUACGACUCAUUAUCAAGUGUAACCGUUGAUGACUGCAUAAAUUGUAAUAUUUUCCUGGGACCUAUCUCAGAAAGUAUAUUUAUACGAGACUGUAAAAACCUGAAGUUAGUUCUUGCAUGCCAGCAGUUCCGUACUCGUGACUGCAGUAAGAUCGAGACAUUCCUUUUCUGUUCCUCCCAACCGAUCAUUGAGGACUCCACAGGCAUGAAGUUUGGCUGUUUCACAUACUUCUAUCCAGAACUGGAGGAACAGUUUAAGGCAGUGGAUAUGAGCCUGUUCAACAACAACUGGAGUAAAAUCCAUGAUUUUUCAAAUGAUCCAAGUGAGAAGCAUUAUUCUUAUAUUCCAGAGGAUACUAAGGUUGAAGAAGUAGUGCCCAUUUCUCUUGCUGAGCAGUUUUCUACCAUGGAGAUUGACCUGUCUGCUGAUAAAAGUGUUGUCCCUGUAACUCUUGGACUGCGUCGCAAAGCAUCGGAUGAGUCCUGCUUAGUGGUCUUCUUCAAUGAUGGCAGUGCUGCAGAUCGUACCAUGAAGUACAUACGGAACAUGAGGCAGAAAAAGCCCACAUGUGUAUUAGUACAGACAAAGGAAGUAAACAUGCAGCCACAGGAUGCUCAGCGUGUGUUUGGUACAGACGCAUACCAAUCUCUGGUACAGCGGGGUGCGGUGAUUGGUCUGGAGUACAAUGGAGACGACUGUAUAAACCUGUGUCAGGUUGAACUAGUGGAGUUUAUGAAGGGUACCACAGGUCUAGUGUUCAUCAGCCAGUCCAAGGCACUAGCAGACAAACAAAUUGAGGACUUUUACAACUUUGCUGACAUGCAAAUGACAAUGUGAUGAAUUCUUAUUCAGAUUGACAUUUGUGAACAUUUCUUCUUCAUACAAUGAUUUCCUGAUGCAGAGAUGAUUCAGUAUGGAUAUUUAAUUCUUAGUUAUUUAUUUUAAAUAAUCAAGUUUUAAUAUCAUUGAAUAGUUUGAACAAAUUGUACCUAAAGUAGUAUAGUAAUACUAAAGUAUUUUCAGUGUGCGUGCAAGGAAUGUGAUGGGACCAAGUUCCGAAAUUGAAUCUCUGAUGUCCUGUACAACGUAUUUUGUGUGUAGAUAUGUCCAGCUUACUGAUUGUGAUAAACAUGCCUUAUUUGGAAGUUAACUCGAUCGGAAUUUCCAUACUUGGUGGGAGGAAUACUGUCAAAAAGCUUUAUUUGGUAGUUCAUUCUAUAUUGAGCAAGAAUGGAAGGGUACACAUGUAGUUCAAUCUGAUAGUGUAGAGAUAAAUACCAUAUCUGGUUAUUUAAAUCUUAUUGAAUAGUGUAGGUAGAAAUAUCAUAUCUGGUAUUUAAAUCUGAUGAUGAGUGAAGUAGACAUACCUUACCUUAUUUGGUAGUUCUGUCUUAGACAGAUGAGAGCACAAAAGUUUACUUCAAUUUGAUUGGAUGAGAGAGGUUGACUUGUUAUUUGGUGGUUCAGACUUUUGGAUGACAUGUUAUCGUACAGUGUACUUUAAUCUGAUUGGAUGAAUGUGGUGGACAUGCCUUAUUUGGUAAUUAGAGCACUAUAAUUGCUGAUUGAUUUGGCUGGGAACAGCUUGAAUGCACAGACUUUAUUUAUAAAAGUAGACAUAAGACCAUUAACCAUCAAACUGGGCAUGACACUGUAAAUAAUGGGCAUCUAUUACAAUAGUCCAGUGAAACUGUUGUGAAGAUAUGUAAUUGUGUUAUACGGUCCUGCUUUUUUUAACAUUCCUUAACUGAAGGAAAUUCCUGACCUUUAAAUUUCCAUAGGAAUGCAUCAUUAGAUUUAAUGAAGAAAAUAUUAGUAAGGUAAUUUUUUAAAUUCUGAAAUGUUUCUUCCUAAUGAAAAUUUUAAGUUCAGGGAUUUCCUUCAGUAAAGGAAUAUUGAUGAGACUAGGGCCUAAUGUUACAUUUCUCAGCUGGAUUAGAGAAAUUAACUCUGUAAAUUGUCACAUUUUCACUGUCAUCAUUUAUCGCGACAAUUGUUUCUGAAUAACCCUAAGUUGUUUGAUUUAUAAAUCUAGGAUUUGUUUUUUCUUUGUUUUUCUUAAAUUCACUUUGUAAAUCUAAUUUUUGUUUUUCCUUUGUUUUUCUGAAGUUCAAAUAUCUUAUCAUCCAAUUUUUAUCAAAGGUCAGAUUUAGUUCACCUUUGUUUAAAGUUCAUGUCCAGUUUGUCACCCCAUAAAUAACUAUAUACAGGUACUGGUGUUAUGUAUGUAUAUAUGUAUAUAACCAGAACAUCAUUGUUUUGAUAUAGAUCCAGCUUCUCAACACCCCACCUUUUACAAAUAUCAAAAGAAUAUCUUGCCUCACAUGCUGAAAUUGGCUUAGUUUGAAAUAAAAGGUACAUAAGUUGGUGUCACUUUAUUUAAAUAUUAAAAAACUAUUUUUAUCUUAAAUGAGCAAUGUUUAGAUUACUCAAAUUUCAUUAUCAUUUAGGAUGUAUGCUUCCGUAUUGUAAUUGUAGAGUUAGCCAAAGGCCAAGGAAUACACUUACCCAGAUGUAGAUUUUGAAGUAACACUUUAUUUACAAAUAUACAACAUAAGUAUUUAUAAAAUAAAAUCCAUUGUCUUGAGUUAUUGAAGAAAUAUUUGCUUCAAAGUGACAGCAAGAAGGUUGUGAUUUUACUUACACUGUUUUAAAUCCCUUUCAUUUUACAAGUACUAUCUGCAAAGAGAAAUAACUUAUGUGUAAGGCAUUGACAUUGUUGGAAUAAGUCAAACUCAUUGUUCAUUGGUUCUGUUCCAUCCCACCAAAAAACUUUUUCAUUUUUUGCUCUGUUGUUGUAUGAUAAAUACCAUCUUCAAGGUGUAUGUAAAUGUAUUCUGACUAGCUACGAACAUUUUUGUGUUAUUUUUUAAUGUAUGUAAAUGUGAGUUGUAUUUUUUAAUAGUUGUGUUUAACAAACAGAUGUGUAUAUCAUUGCUUUUAUUGUUAUUUUACAUUGUCAGAGUGUCGAAGGGGGGAUGUUAAGAGUUUAAACAUUGGUGUAAAAUAUUUUUGUACUUUUUGAAAAUUUAUAUCUCUCCGUCCAUUCUAUUUCUUUCAUUGCCUUUCAGAUAUUCUGCCAGUCCCCCAAACUCACCACAAAAAUAACCCUAGAACAUGCCUAUCAAUAUAUAUAUAUAUGUGUGUGUGUAUGUUCUUGCUAAAAAAAUCUAUAGGUUUCAUUCUACAUGCAAAAUGGUUGUGUACACUAUAUACAAUGUAUAGGGGGCCGCGGUGGCCGAGUUGUUAAGGUGUACCGACACUUUAUCACUAGCCCUCCACCUCUGGGUUUUGAGUUCGAAACCUACGUGGGGCAGUU